AUCACCGAGGUUCUGGUUCCGAGCCGCUGCUUUUGCUGGAGAGCUGAUGGGAUUUUACUGGAAAUUUAUCUUUACCCUUUUUUAUUCCGGACGCCGUUGAUUCUGGGCUCUGUCUCAUCCAAAUGGCGCUGGUGCAGAUAAAGGACGGGGAAUACACAACGACCAUCUAUAGACUGAUUCGAGAUGGGAGAUAUGGAGAAGCCAUUCAUAUACUCAAUAAUGAACUUCAGAAACAUUCAAAAUCCCGGGCAGCACUCUCUCUACUGGGCUACUGCUACUUUCAGAUGCAAGAUUUUUCCAAUGCUGCAGAUUGCUAUGAACAAUUGGUACAGAUUCAUCCAGAAGUGGAUGACUACAAACUCUAUCAUGCACAAUCCCUUUACAAGGCAUGCUUGUAUACAGAGGCUAUGAAAGCAACAUUUCUCAUAGAUAACCCAGCUUACCAAACGAAGGUGUUGAAAUUACAAGCUGCAAUUAAAUAUGGAGAAGAAGACCUUUCAGGAGCAAAAAGUCUUGUGGAGCAGCAGACUACUGAUGAUCCAGACACUGAGAUUAACCUAGGAUGUCUGCUCUACAAGGAAGGACACUAUGAAGAGGCCUGCAAGAAAUUUACCACAGCUAUGCAGAUUGUGGGCUACAAACCAGAUUUGACCUACAACAUUGCCCUCUGUUAUUACAGCAUGAAACAGUAUGCACCUGCUUUGAAAUACAUUGCAGAAAUAAUAGAGCGUGGGAUUAGGGAACAUCCAGAACUUAGUGUUGGUAUGACAACUGAAGGGAUUGAUGUGAGAAGUGUUGGGAACACAUUAGUGCUCCAUGAAACUGCAUUGAUUGAAGCUUUUAAUCUUAAAGCAGCCAUUGAAUACCAACUGAAGAACUAUGAAGCAGCUCAAGAAGCAUUGACAGACAUGCCACCACGAUCCGAAGAGGAACUUGACCCAGUUACUCUACACAACCAAGCUCUAAUGAACAUGGAUUCCAAGCCUACCGAGGGAUUUGAAAAACUACAAUUCUUACUUCAGCAGAACCCAUUCCCACCAGAAACCUUUGGCAAUUUGCUUCUGCUGUAUUGCAAAUAUGAAUAUUUUGACCUGGCUGCUGAUGUCUUGGCAGAAAAUGCUCAUCUAACUUACAAGUUCCUCACACCGUACUUAUAUGAGUUCUUGGAUGCCAUGAUAACAUGUCAGACAGCACCAGAAGAGGCAUUCAGAAAGUUUGAUGAAAUGGCAGGUAAACUGACUGAGCAGUUGCGGAAAUUGACCAAACAGGUACAAGAAGCAAGGCAUAAUCGAGAUGAUGAUGCUGUGAAAAAAGCAGUAAAUGAGUACGAUGAAGCACUUGAGAGGUAUAUUCCAGUGCUUAUGGCUCAGGCCAGAAUCUACUGGAACUUGGAAAACUACCAAAUGGUUGAGAAGAUCUUCCGAAAGUCAGUGGAGUUCUGCAAUGAGCAUGAUGUUUGGAAAUUGAAUGUUGCCCAUGUUCUCUUUAUGCAAGAAAACAAGUAUAAAGAGGCAAUAGGCUUUUAUGAACCAAUUGUGAAAAAGCAUUAUGACAAUAUCUUGAAUGUGAGUGCCAUUGUCCUUGCUAAUCUCUGUGUUUCCUAUAUUAUGACCAGUCAAAAUGAAGAGGCUGAGGAGCUAAUGAGGAAGAUUGAAAAGGAAGAGGAACAACUGGCAUAUGAUGACCCUGACAAAAAAAUUUAUCACCUCUGCAUUGUUAAUCUUGUAAUAGGGACCUUAUACUGCGCUAAAGGAAAUUAUGAAUUUGGCAUUUCACGAGUAAUAAAGAGCUUGGAGCCAUACAAUAAAAAGCUUGGAACAGAUACUUGGUAUUAUGCCAAACGGUGUUUCUUAUCUUUACUGGAGAAUAUGGCAAAACACAUGAUUAUGCUGAGGGACACUGUUAUACAAGAAUGUAUCCAGUUCUUAGAACAUUGUGAAAUUUAUGGCAAGAAUGUGUUAGCAGUAAUCGAGCAGCCCUUGGAAGAACAGAAACUGCACUCAGGGAAGAAUACAGUUACAUAUCAGGCACGGCUGCUAAAGUCAUUGAUUUAUGAGAUCAUUGGCUGGAAUAACUAGCAAAAUAUUUAUCUUGCUUGAAACAAGAUUGAGCUGCUCAGAAUGAUCUUACAUUUCAACUUCUUUAAAGGGAUACACAAUUUUUAGAAAACAUUUCACCUUUUGCAAUGAAAUAUUGACAUACUGGCUAUAUAAAUUCAGCCGUCCUGUAAUUCAUUUUAUAUACUCCAACUUCCACAGGUAUGUCCUUUAUGUAUCUUGUUAGAGACAUCAAAAAACAACUGUUGCUUAUGGGAGGGAAAUAAUAUUCCAGAUCGUAUUUGUGACUUAAUCAUUUGUCAAUCCAGGUGCAAUAGAGACUGUGUUUUAAUAAUACACUUAAAUUUUGUUCAGGUCUUUCAAAACUUGUCAGAGUUGUGUUUGUUUUUACUGUUGCACAUUUUUGGAAAUAAAAGAUUCUGGACUCUGA